AUGUCGAUUUCCGGGCUAAAGUGAGUUUUUUGAUCUACAGUAACCUACAGUAACCCAUAAUUUUUAGGCUGAAAUCCAGGAACAAACUUAUCGCAACUCUUCUUAUUUUCAUCACAUUUUUGAUUUUUCUCAAAAUUUUUCUUAAAUUUUCUGCUGAAAAUCAAAAAUGCUGGAAUUUCGAGGAAGAAUUUGGUGUGAUUUUGAUGGAUUUCGAAAUUUUGGAAAAAAUCCAUGAAAAUCAUUGUGUUCCCAAGAAUUUUCAUAGGAAAAUUGAGGUACGGUAGGCCCUACAGUAUCCCUAGAAUACAGUAACCCUUUGCAGAUCGCAAUCGAUGUAAAAUAUCAAAAUUUGAUCCCAGAAAGUUUCCCGGAAAAUUUCGAAAUUCUUUUCUACAGUAACCAGGAGGCCAAGGAUUAUUUCGAAUUUCAAAACAAAAAUUUGGUGCCAAAAUCAAUUUUUACGGCUGAAAAUCGACAAAAUCAUCUGAAAAUCGCGAAAAACUUGGAAAUUUUCAAGAAAACUUGGAGAUUUUCGAGAUUCCGCGAAUGCCGCAACAUGAAAAUCACGCGGAAAACCGCACCCUACCCAAAUUCCGUCUAUUUUCCGCAAGUCAUGCGCGAAUUCCGCGAUAUUUUCAUGGAGCAAUUUGGGAUUUUGCCAAUUUUAGAGAGUGGAACUCUAUUGGGAUGGUAUCGCGAGUGCGGAAUCAUUCCGCAUACCAAGGAUAUCGAUUUUAUCGCGCGGAAAAGUGAUCUACCCAAGGUGAGCGCGCUCUUUUCAUCGAAAUUUUGGGCUGGAGACAAAAAGAUGGGCGUGGCCGAGUGGUUAGCACGCGCGCCUUUUGGUCAAGCAUCGCAGGUUCGAUUCCCCUCGCCUGCACAACUUUUUUUCUUUUUGUAUUUUUGGCUUCAAAAAAUCACAUUUUCUAGGACUUUAUGAAAAAAUUCGCAAAUUUCGGAAAUUUCACCAUAGCCAGAAGAUUGGGAACAAUUGAAGAACCUUUAAUAAUCUCAUUUUAUGCCAACAAAAAAGUCGGAAUUGAUCUAUGGAUUCUCUACGAGCCUAAAACCGGGCCUGGCCCCUAUAUUGCAAUCGCAGUUCAUCAAGAAAUCAAGAAAACCAACAAACUUAUCCCAACAAUAUACAAAUUUCAAUAUAUGUCCUCAAUAAUCGCAAGUUUCCCGCUCGAAUUUUGUUCGGCUGAUCUUUUUGGCGCGAUUUUUUGGGUUCCUUGCAAUUCUUUGGAUGUUUUAAGACAAGAAUAUGGUGAUUUUUGGUAUCUUUCAAAGGAUUAUGUAUGGUAUAAGGAUUCAAAGAAUAUUAUUGAGAUUCAGAAAAUUCGAGAAAACCCCAAAGAUUACUUUUAUAUCGUGAAAAAAGCUCAAUAA